CUCCAACAUCAGCCAUUUUUGCUGUCCCGUAAACAUGGCGCUGUCCAAGUACUCAUCGGAUGAGACCGGUAUCCCAAAAUGGCAGAUUGCACUCGCCCUUGGAGGAACACUGGCAGCCGGAGCUGGGAUAUACUACUAUAUGAUUAGGGAAACAAGUAAAAAAGGGGGAAAAGCAAAGACAGCGGCCAAAAAGUCUCCAGACACGGCGGACAGUUUGCCGUCGCCCACUGAAGCACAGUCACCCAAGGCAGACGACGUUGUUAAUUUGAGUCCAUUAGAAAAGGCACAGAGUUGCAAGAAUAAAGGAAACAAAUACUUUAAAGGUGGUAAAUAUACAGAGGCCAUCAAGUGCUAUAACGAAGCAAUAGAAGAAUGUCCAUCAGAGAAAACUGUCGAUUUGUCCACAUUUUACCAGAAUAGAGCGGCAGCAUAUGAGCAACUGAAAAACUGGGAAUGUGUUCUCCGAGACUGUACUGCGGCUUUGGAACUUAAUGAGCGAUAUGUAAAGGCUCUGCAGAGAAGAGCAAAAGCCUGUGAAGUAUUGAAGGAUUUAGAACAAGCUCUGGAAGAUUUGACUGCUGUGUGUAUCAUAGAAUCAUUCCAGAAUCAAGCUACACUUGUUAAUGUAGAUCGUGUACUGAAAGAGUUAGGUCGCAUGCAUGCUAAAGAGGCCAUGGAGGAGAGGGAACCUGUGAUGCCCUCAAAGCACUUUAUCAAGACGUUCUUUGAAUCAUUUGCGGAGGAUCCCAUCUUCAACUCGGUUGACAAAGAGAAGGAGGGAGACGUGGAUGAAAUGGAACGUCCUCCAGAAAAAAAUACUUCCAACAAUGGUUACCUGAAGGCAAGGCAACAUCUACAGGAAGGAAAUUAUGGAGAAAUCAUAGAAUGCUGUCAGAAUGAAUUAGCAAAUCCUCUCACCCCCCACAAAGUUGAGUCUCUACUACUGAGAGCUACACUGUACCAGCUGCGGGGGGAGAGCAAGAAGGCCAUGGAUGAUCUCACAGCCCUCAUCAAUAUUGAAGAUUGUCCCCUGAAGAUGCGAGUAAAUGCCCUGGUGAAGCGUGGAUCAUUAUACAUGCAACACGAGAGAGUGGAUGACAGCCUUCGUGACUUUGACCGAGCAGCCCUCCUUGACCCCACAAAUUCUGAUGUCUUCCAUCACAGAGGACAGAUUCAUUUGCUAAUUGGAAAGGUUGAUGCAGCCAUGUCAGAUUUCAAGACUGCUGUUGAUCUCAAUUCAAACUUCCCAAUUGCCUUUGUACAGCGGUGCUACACAGACUACAGGUAUGCUUACCAGCUUGGUGACAAGGCAAAGGUUGAGGAAGUAAUGAAGAAAUUUGAAGAAGCUAUUAAGAAUUUCCCCAAGUGUGUGGAGUGUUAUGUUCUUUACGCUCAGGUGCUGUGUGAUCAGGGAGAACACGAACAAGCAGAUGGUUUUUACAACAAAGCCUUGGAGGUAGAUCCUGAGAAUCCCACAACGCUGGUUCAUCGUGCCCUCCUUGUACUCCAGUGGAAGGGUGACCUAGCACAAGCCAGGUCGUACAUUACACAAGCUCUUGAAAUAGAUGACAAAUGUGAACUGGCAUAUGAGAAUUUAGCUACAAUUGAAGUGCAGACUGGGAACUUGAAGAGAGGUGUGGAACUGUUUGACAAGGCAAUUCCAUUAGCCAAGACAGAAAUGGAAAUGGCGCAUCUCUUCUCACUGCGAGAUGCAGCGGUUGCACAAUUGAAAAUCGUUGAAAAGAUGGGCAUUAAUAUCCCUAACCUAGGCUCUUUGUAAAUGGACCAGUAGAAUUUUAAGGUUGCUUCAUGUUGGGGAAAAAAGAAACUUUAAUCAGAGCAUGAACUUUGUGCUCACAGGUUUAAUUUUGUGGUUGAGUGGAAUGGAUGGGACUCAUUAUCUGAAAUUUGAAACUGAGGUCAGUCAUAUGAUGAUCAUUUUGCUUGCAGUGAAGUGUUUGGAUGAAUGAGAUAAAAAAUUCAAAUUCACUUGAAAAAGACAUUAUUUAAUGCUCCAAAGUAACAAUUGAUUAUGAAUUUUUUUCCUGCAGAGCUAUCCUUCAAAGGUAUAUCAUUCCUGUAUUGUAAAUACAUGUAUUUAACCUUCCACAAUUAAGAAAUUAUGUGAAAUUGGAUAAUUCUUAAUACUGUAUUUAGAGAAUCGUAUUUUAGUUUGUGAGUCUUUGUGGACACAUUUCUGGCUGGUAUAUUAUGAGCAGAACUAGUCUCUCAAAUUCUGCAGGUUACACACACAGAUUUUGCAACAUUUGUUGAUUCAAGCACGCAUGUUUUCAUGUUUACAAAAAACAAAACCAUUUAUGCUGCAGAAUUUACAGAUGCACAAACACAGGUGCUUACUGAGUCACACACACCUAUUUAAAGACUGUAAAUUGCAGGUUCCUAAGUAUCAUACAGUACUGUAUACACAUUUUGAAGUCAUGGCCCCAGAAUACACCCAUUGGUACCACACUGAAUUUGGAAAUGCAUGUAUACAGUAUUUGUUUUUGAAGUAGUACUGGUCUUUACAUGUUAUGAGUAUGUGAUAGUUCCAGGUUAUUAGUUUAAGUGUAGUUAUUAUACACUUUGAAUAAAGAAGGGUGUAGGGUUUAGUGUGUUAAUACCAGUACAGUACUGUACAGUAAAGCCUUGAAUAACGACGGUAAUGUGUCCUCCAAUAUUGCAGUGUAAGGUGAAUCAUCGUAUCGUGAAUCAUUAAUUACUAUAAAAA